GAAUGUCAUUUGGUCAUCGUCAGCGGCUGUCAGUAAUUUUUCUACACGUUCUAUUUAUCAAGUUUUAUUUCGUAUUUACUGAUUAGUUGUGCUAGGGGAGGUGUUGUAGUUAACCAUGAUUUAUUCUGCUUGGAUUAGGCAACUACAGUCAUUAACAAUUGUCUUAUUUACGUUCAUAAUUUCGGGUCAAACAGACGUGCCGCGGCCGCGCGGAGUUUCUUUAUCUAAAGCGUCGCUGUAUUCGCCGACUAAAGAUUUUACAUGUUUCGACGGAACAAGUACUAUUCCUUUUAGUUAUGUUAACGACGACUACUGUGACUGCUUCGAUGGCAGUGAUGAACCAGGAACUUCCGCUUGUUUGAACGGGGUUUUUUAUUGUACAAACGCGGGCCAUCGUCCGCAAAACAUUCCCAGCUCACGGGUUAACGAUGGAAUCUGCGACUGCUGUGAUGGCACAGACGAGUACGCUACGCCAGGUACGUGUUCUAACGUUUGUGAAGAAUUGGGCCGAGAAGCCAGGGCCAAGGCACAGCAGUUGGCAGACCUGCACAAGGCUGGUAAUCACUUAAGAUUAGAACUAAUAGAGAAAGGUAACAAAAAGCGAAGCGAAAUGGCUGUGCAGCUAUCACAAUUAGAAAAAGACAAAGCUGAAGCUGAAUUAAUAAAAUCAGAGAAAGAAGCUUUGAAAAAUGAAUUGGAAGCCAAAGAAAAUGAAGCUCUUCAAGUGUACAGAGAUGCAGAAGAGAAAGAGAGGCAAAGGAAUGCAGAAAUAGAGCGUCAACAACGAGAAAAAGAAGCAAGAGAGCAUUUCGAUAAGUAUGAUGUUAACAGUGAUGGUACACUUACAAUUGAUGAAAUUCAAAAAGCAUUGAUUUUUGAUAGAAAUAAAGAUGGUGAAGUUGAUCAAGAGGACAUUUUACAUUUCUUUGGUGACAAAGAUAGUGUAAAUCUGGAAUACUUUAUCUCAACUACAUGGCCAAUGCUGAAACCUUUGUUUAUGACAAAUCAAGGUCUGUUCCAACCUGCUGUAAAUGAAGAAGAGGCUGAAGAACCUGAAGUUGAUGAAGAAGAAGAGGCUGCUAGGGACACAGAGGAUGUAGGUGGUGAUGAUGAUGACAAUAUUGAUGAAAUCCCUCAUGAUCAUACAGAUGACCAUGAUAUUGAACCAGACCAAUCUGGAAAAUAUGAUGAAGAAACUCAAAAACUGAUAGAUGAAGCAACAGAGGCACGACGCCAAUUGACAGAUGCUGAACGUACUGUAAGAGAGAUAGAGUCUAAUAUGAGAACAUUCCAGCAAAAUCUUGAGAAAGAUUAUGGGCCACAGCAGGAGUAUGCUACCCUAGAUGGUCAAUGUUUAGAAUAUGAAGACAAAGAAUAUAUUUAUAAACUGUGCCUCUUCCAGAAAGUAACACAGAAAUCGAAGAAUGGUGGCAUGGAAGUUGGACUUGGUGAAUGGGGAGAAUGGGCCGGCGAGGAGGGUAAAAAGUACUCUGUUAUGAAAUAUACAAAUGGAUUGGCCUGCUGGAAUGGACCACAUAGAAUGUCUACAGUAAAUUUGAAUUGUGGUUUAGAAUCAAAGUUGACGUCAGUCACAGAACCAUUCCGCUGUGAAUAUAAAAUAGAGUUCACUACUCCAGCUGCAUGUGAUGAUUCUAAUUUAGCACAACAGGAAACAUCGCAUGAUGAGCUGUAGAUCAUUUAGAUAUCUCUUUUUGUAUGUGAAGUGUGUUGAAAUUUAGAUAAGUAGGGCACUUAUUUUGAUCAACUUUUGUCACUAAGUUUAAAUGGUAAUGUAGAUUUGUCAGGUCAUAUUAUGAAAUCUAAUUGAAAUAUGUACUAGGUAUCCAAUGUAUAGUGCUUACUGCUUUCUACAUCUGAGAAUUGUGACAGCAUUUUAUAAAAAUGCAGUACUAUUUUUUUUAGGUUUUUGUUGCAUAUUUUGUAGCAUUUAUCGCAUGUUACAUUUAAGAUAUUAUUUAUUACAUUAAAACUAUUAUUUUCAAGUGAAGACUGACCUGGCUAACAUUUGUUUUAUACACAUUCCUGUUGUAAGUUGUAUUAUUUUCUUAUAUAUAACAAGUAGUGAGAUGAAAAAUCAUGAUGUGAACAAAACAUUGUAAAUGAUUAAUAAAAUAUUGUUUUUGA